AUGGCUGUGGCAGUGCCUCACCUGGGCGACUACCAGGCCCAGGUAUGUGGCGGCCACGCCCCGGCCCUGCCCCGCCCCGGACCCGGGCUCUGGGAGCGGAAAUUCCUGCGUCGGCUGGACGCUGGAGACGGAGCUCGGAGCUCGUCAUGGACCCUGUAGAGACCUGGACCCCAGGGAAGGUGGCAGCCUGGCUGAGAGGCCUGGACGAUUCCCUGCAGGACUAUCCCUUUGAGGACUGGGAGCUGCCUGGCAAGUACUUGCUCCAGCUGUGCCCCCGAGGCCUGGAGGCUCUGACAGUGUGGCCUGUAGGCCACCAGGAGCUCAUUCUGGAUGGGGUGGAACAGCUCCGGGCCCUGAGCACUGGGCUACAAACAGAGAACCUGCAGAGCCUGGCAGAGGCCCUGUUGGAGAGGACCCAGACCUUCCAGAGCUUAUUCCAAGCACGCCUGGAGGGUUCUGCUGAGACCCCUGCCGAAGUCCUCAGUGCGGCUGUGAAGCUGGUGCGUGAGGCCCGUGCUCUCCUCUUCUGGCUCAACAGGUUCCUCUUCUCCCAGUUAAACGACUUCUCAGCCUGCCAGGAGAUCGGGGCAUUGUGUGGGGAGCUGAGCCAGGCUUUGCAAGAGGACUGUCCAAAGGCUGAGAAGGAGAGCAAAGUCCUGAGGAUCUGCAGCCACGUGUCUGGAAUCUGUCACAACAUCCUGAGCUGCACCCCAGAGGAGCUGCUGGAACAGAGGGCUGUGCUAGAGCAGGUGCAGCUGGACGAUCCUUCGGGCCUGCAAAUCCAAACCACCAGCAACUGCCUGCACUUUGUGUCCUGCGUGGGCUCCCAGGUACCUACCAACUCCCAGCUGCACAUCCUACCUGGAGAUGAGGUUGUCCAGAUCAAUGAGCAGGUGGUGGUGGGCUGGCCCCAUGAAAACGUGGUAAAGGAGCUGCUGCGGAAGCCUGCUGGGGUCAGCUUAGUGCUGAAGAAGAUCCCAGUGCCAGAGACCCCCCCACAGACGCCCCUGGAUUCCCCUCACCUGAGAAACCAGUCACUUGCUGUUACCCCCCUGCCUCCCAGGGUCCCAUCUGAAGAAGUCUUUGCCUUUGAUCCAACUUCAGACCCAUAUUCUGCUCCCAGCCCUGCUUGGACAGACUCUACCUCCUUUGACCCUGAGCCCCUGCCCAUCACCUCUGCAUCUCCAGCCACAUUCCCAACAGGAAUAGCGGAGACUCCCGGGUCGCCAGGACGCCUUGACGAGCACCCACCUGUUGGUCGGAAGAAAUCCAAAGGCGUGGCCACAAAGCUGAGCCGCCGGCGGGUGUCGUGCCGUGAGCUGGGCCGGCCAGACUGUGAUGGCUGGCUCCUGCUGCGAAAGACACCCGGAGGCUUCAUGGGUCCACGCUGGCGCCGCUGCUGGUUCGUGCUCAAGGGACACAUGCUAUACUGGUACCGCCAGCCCCAGGAUGAAAAGGCCCAGGGGCUCAUCAAUAUCUCCAACUAUAGUCUGGAAAGUGCACAUGAUCAGAAGAAAAAAUAUGUGUUCCAGCUCACGCAUGAUGUGUACAAACCCUUUGUCUUUGCGGCUGAUACCCUCUCUGAUCUGAGCAUGUGGGUACGCCACCUCAUCACCUGCAUUUCUAAGUACCAGUCUCCAGGCCGGACUCCCUCAGCUCAAGAGGAAGACUGCUACAGUGAAACCGAAGCAGAAGACCACGAUGAGGAAACUGGGUCCCGCUCAGCCUCACCCAGCCCAGCGCAGACUUGGAGUUCACCUCAUGGAGACACAUCGCCUGCAGCCUCCCCAACGCAGCGCAGCCCAAGGACCUCCUUGGCUACCCUAGCAGACAGCAGUGAGGGAGCACUGGAAGGAAUGGUUCAGGGGCUGAGGCAGGGUGGUGUGUCCCUCCUGGGCCGGCCACAGCCCCUGACCCAGGAACAGUGGCGGAGCUCUUUCAUGCGGCGCAAUCAAGAUCCCCACCUCAAUGAGCGAGUGCACCGUGUGCGGGCAUUACAGAGUACGCUCAAGGCAAAGAUGCAGGAGUUGCAGGCCCUGGACGAAGUGCUGGAUGACCCUGAACUGACAGCAGAGAAGUUUCGUAGGUGGAAAGAGCAGAACCAGGAGCUGUACGAAGAGUGCCUGGGGGUGUGCAGAGCGGCACAUGCUGACGACAGCUCCCAAGCCCUGACCUCUGGCUCCAGAGAACAGUCCCCCCAGCCCCUGCCCUCUGACCCUGAGGAGCCCUCCCAUCUUUGCCCCUUGACCCCAGAGAACAACUUCCAGCCUCCUGACUUCUGACCCUGGCCAGUACCCUAGCUCCUAACCCCUGACCCCAAGGGCCACCUCAUCCCCAGCCUCUGAUACACCUACCUAGGGCAGCCUGUCCCUAGGUUCUGUUCAGGGCUGGAAAUAGUGCCAAUGCCAUUUCUGCUCCUGUCUCCCCUGCAGCGGGGUAAAGUGAGCUUCUGCCACCCUCCUUCCUGAGAAGCCUCUGUCCUCAAAUCUGAGGGACACAACCUGACCUCUACCAUCUCUCAGCACUGCUCAUCUCCUCAAAUUGGUUCUGGGCAGGUGUUUAUUUUACAUGAGAUACACUUUUCCAGUGAAUAAAGUGAUUUCUCUGAAGUGAA